GAAUAUCAGAUAUCUCUCUCCACUCUCUUCUUUGUUAUAUUCUCACCACACCACACUCUCAAAGCACAUUUAAGCCAAGUGUGAGUUCUGAAAAUGGGUUUCAACAAAACCUCAAACAAAUUUUCACAAGCAGCAGUUUUGAAGCACAUAGUGAAGAAGAGGUGUACCUUGGGUAGAAAACAUCACUACGAGGAUGUCCCCAAAGGCCACUUUGUUGUGUACGUUGGCCAAAACCGCAGCCGGUACAUCAUCCCCAUAUCUUUCUUGUCGCGUCCCGAGUUCCAGAGGCUACUUCAACAAGCAGAAGACGAGUAUGGGUUUGAUCACGACAUGGGUCUCACCAUUCCUUGCGAAGAACAAGUCUUUGAGUCACUUACUUCCAUGCUUAGAUAGAGAUACAUCAUACUAUACCGACACGAUCAAACAUGACCUAUCAUACCGAACAAUAUUGUCAGCUUUAAGGACAAGGAGCUUACGGGUCUGUUUUUGUUGCCGAGUGGUAACAUCAUGCCUAGGUCACCCAUCAUGGAUUGCUCACUCAAGCACGCUUGCUAUGGAGUUGUUCUCUCAUCUAGAACCGAUGUGACCAAAAAGUGUUGAUGAUAUUUUUUUAGGUGCACAUUUCCUUAUAGCAUAGUGUCUCUCAUGUACUGAAGAAAACAUGUUAUCUAAAGGGUCACAACUAUGUUAAUUUUCCAUGUUCAAGCUUUUAGUCAAUCAUAAUA